UGUGGGCCCGGGCCGGCCAGGAGGAGAGCGAGGCGGGUGACCGCCCAAGAGAAGCUGGGGGGCUUUAGCGGGCAGGGGGCGAGGGGAAGGCCAGGACCAGGCCCCGGGCGAGGGGCAGCCGGGGAUGCAGCCCCCCUCCUCUCUGCUGCUGCUCCUGAUGCUGCUGUUCCCGCUCCCGCCCAUGGCCAGGGGAUCCCGCUGUGGGAGUCUGCCCGAACCCUGUGCCAACGGGGCCAGCUGUGUGACGCCACCUCAGGGGGUCGCCUUCUGUCAGUGUAUGCCCGGCUUCGUGGGCGAGAGCUGCCAGUUCCCAGGACCUUGCCAGGUAGAUGGGCACUGCAAGAAUGGGGGGACCUGCCUCCCGCUCCUCUCCGAUCCUUCCCCGGCCUUUGGCACCCUCCGCCUCCCUGGCUUCUCCUGCUCCUGCCUGCCCGGUUUUACUGGGGAACAGUGCCAGGCCCGCUUGGGAGACCCCUGUCUGCCCUCCCCCUGCCACCAUGGAGGCCGCUGCCUCGCCCAGCCCUCCGGCCCGCCCCGCUGCCAAUGUCUGCCCGGAUGGACAGGGGAGCGGUGCCAGGUUCGAGACUUCUGCCAAGCCAACCCGUGCGCCCACGGCGGGGUGUGCCUGGCCACGUACCCGCACAUCGUGUGCCGCUGUCCCCCCGGCUUCGAGGGUCACACGUGCCAGCACGACAUCAACGAGUGCUUCCGGGCCCCGGGGCUCUGCCCGGCGGGCACCUCCUGCCACAACACGCUCGGCUCCUACCAGUGCCUGUGCCCGCCGGGCCGGGCCGGUCCCCGCUGUCAGCUCUGGGCCGGGCCCUGCCUACCGGUCAGCUGCCGCCACGGGGGCAUCUGCCAGCCAGCCCUGGAGGGGACCUUCCAUCUCUGCCUCUGCCCCCUAGGUUUCACUGGCCCUGAGUGCGAGGUCAACCCAGACGACUGCGUGGGGCACCGGUGCCAGAAUGGGGCCACCUGUCAGGAUGGGCACGGCACCUAUAGCUGUCUCUGCCCCGAGGGCUGGACGGGCCGGGACUGCUCCCAGGACGUGGAUGAGUGUGAGUCGCCGGGGGGCCCGUCGCCAGGAUCCCCGCGCUGCCAGAACGGGGGCACGUGCGGGAAUGUCCCCGGCAGCUUCCGCUGUGCAUGCGUGAACGGCUGGGCGGGGGCCACCUGCGCGGACAACGUGGACGACUGCUCGGCCGCCACCUGCGCCCCGGGGGCCACCUGCCUCGACGGCAUCGCCACCUUCACCUGCCUCUGCCCCCCCGGCCUCACAGGCCUUCUGUGCCACCUGCCGGACGUGUGUCUGAGCCAGCCCUGCCACCCGGAUGCCCAGUGCAGUACCAACCCCGUCACGGGCACCAGACACUGCCAGUGCCAACCUGGCUACUCCGGACCCACCUGCCAUGAGGACCUGGACGAGUGCCAGAUGGGCCCCAGCCCCUGUGAGCACGCGGGCUCCUGCCUCAACACCCCCGGCUCUUUCCGCUGCCUGUGCCCGCCGGGUUACACGGGCUCCCGGUGCGAAGUGGACGCGGACGAGUGCCUGUCCCAGCCCUGCAGGCCGGGGGCGUCCUGCAUCGAUCUGCUCGCCCGCUUCCACUGCCUCUGCCCGCCUGGCUUCUCUGGCAUCCUGUGCGAGGAAGAUGUGGACCAGUGUGCCAGCAGUCCCUGUGCCCACGGCGGGCAAUGCCAGGACCGGCCUGGAGGCUUCCAUUGCCAGUGUCCCCCCGGCUUCGAGGGACCACGGUGCCAGACGGAGGUGGAUGAGUGCGAGAGUCAGCCCUGCGUCCAGGGAGCCAGCUGCCUCAAUCUCCCCGGCUCCUUCUCCUGCCUCUGCCCCCCUGGGCUCACAGGCCGACUCUGCGAGCUGCCGCUCUGUCUCCCGUGCCCCCCGGAACCGGAGUGCCCCACAGCCAUGGCUGGAGAGGGCCGCUGCCCCCACCAGCGGGAAAACUGUACCUGCCAGCACGGCCAGUGCCAGGGGUCCAGAUGUGUGUGUGACGUAGGGUGGACGGGGUCCAGCUGCAAGGAGAAGGUGGACAGCUGCCUGUCCGACCCCUGUGCCCACGGGGGCACCUGCCGGACCCUGGCCUACGGCUUCAACUGCACCUGCCCCGCCGGCUACACAGGCCUCACCUGCAGUGAGGAAGAAGAGGAAUCUGAGUGUCCCUGCCUAAAUGGGGGCUCCUGCAGCCCAGUUCCCGGCGGGUAUUCCUGCAUUUGCCCCUCUAACUACACCGGACCCCGCUGCCAGGCCGGAAUCAAUCACUGCACCUCCAUUCUCUGUGCCAAUAGAGGCACCUGUGUGGAAAGACCCGGGGCCUUCACCUGCCUCUGCUCCCCGGGGUUCCAGGGGACCUUCUGUGAGGAGAAAGUCUUCCCCAGCUGUGCUGAGCGCUCCUGUCAGAACGGGGGGACCUGUCAGGACAGCCCCGGGGGAGCUCAGUGCCUCUGCCCCCAGGGGUACACAGGUGGUCACUGCCAGACCCUGUUGGACCUGUGCGCCCAUGCUCAGUGCCAGAACGGGGCCCGCUGCCUCCAGACGGGCCCUUCCUUCCUCUGCCUGUGCCCGAGAGGCUGGGCCGGGCCCCGCUGCGACAUCCCCUCCUCUCCGUGUCGGGCCGCUGCCCUCGAGCGAGGUGUGGAAAUGUCAGCCCUGUGCCAAAACGGGGGGGUCUGCAUCGACCGCAGCUCCUCCUACGCCUGCCAGUGUCCCCCCGGAUUCCGGGGCACCUUUUGCCAGGAGGAGGUGGACGAGUGUCAAUCUGGGCCCUGUAGGCACGGGGCCACCUGUGUGGACCGGCCCAAUGGGUACUCCUGCCAGUGUGCCCCUGGUUUCCGCGGCCCCAACUGCUCCGACGAGGUGGAUGACUGUAGAUCCCAGCCCUGCCAAAACCUCGGAACUUGCACCAAUCUCGCCGACGGCUACCUGUGCUCCUGCCCACCGGGCACUCACGGGAGCCGCUGUGAGUCCCUCAUCGACGUCUGUCUGAGCCAGCCGUGCCCCCGAGGGGGAACCUGCACCCCCACUCCCGGAAGCCCCCCCGGUUUCACCUGCCAAUGUCCCCCUGGCUCGGAGGGUCCCAGCUGCCUCCCGUCGGUCUCCCUGCCGUGCGGCCCUCACCGCUGCCACCACGGGGGCCUGUGCGUUCCGCUGCCCCCGCCCCCCGCCCCCGCCCCGGCUCCCCGCUGCGUCUGUCCCGACGGCUUCGGGGGUCCCGACUGCCUGACGCCCCCGUCCCCCCGGGGCUGCGGCCCCCCGUCCCCCUGCCUGCACAACGGCUCCUGCGCCCAGACCGCGGGAGGCUUCCGCUGCUUCUGCCCCGAGGGAUACCCGGGCCCCCGCUGCCAGGGCCCCGGCGGGGCCUGCCGGGGCCGGGCGGGGGACGGGACCUGCGACGCAGCCUGCAGCGGGAGGCUCGGUGGCUGGGACGGCGGCGACUGCUCCCUGGGGGUCCCGGACCCCUGGCGGGGCUGCCCCCCCGAGGCCCGGUGCUGGGCGCUCUUCCGCGACGGGCACUGCCAUCCCCAGUGCGCCUCGGAGGAGUGUCUGUUCGACGGCUACGACUGCGAGACGCCUCCGGCCUGCACCCCAGCCUACGACCGGUACUGCCAGGACCACUUCGCCAACGACCACUGCGAGCGGGGCUGCGACUCGGCUGAAUGCGGCUGGGACGGUGGGGACUGUGGCGGGCAGCGGGCGGGGGGCCUGGACGCCCCCUCCCUGGCCCUGCUGGUGGUCCUGCCCCCCCGCCGGCUGCCCGCCCUGGCCCGGGCCCUGGCCCUGGCCCUCCGGGUGGGGCUGUGGGUGCGGAGGGACCCCGAGGGCGGGGAGAUGGUGUACCCCUACCCGGGACCCCGGGCCGAAGACGAGCUCGGGGGCUCGGGGGCCGGGGGGCCCACCCGCGCCCCCCGCCGGGAGAAGGCGACCCCCAGCGCCCCACCCCCCGGAGAGGAGGCGGAAGGCCUCACUGCAGGGUUCGUGGUCAUCCUGGGAGUGGAUUCGUCCCGCUGCGGCCCGGCCCUGCCGGCCCCCCGCUGCCCCCGGGACCCCAGCGUCCUGCUCCGCUUCCUGGCCGCCCUGGCCGCCGUGGGGGCCCUGGACACCCUGCUCCCGGGGCCCCUGCUCGCCGCCCGAGCCCGGGGGGCUGCAGGACCCAUAUCCCCGCGCGUGUCCUGGCCGCUGGUCUGCUCUCCCCUGGCCGCCGGGCUCCUCCUGGCCCUGGGCUGCCUCUUGGUCGUGCACCUGGCCCGGCGGCGGGAGCACGGGGCCCUGUGGCUGCCCCCCGGCUUCAGCCGCCGCCCCCGGCCCCGGCCCGCCGCCCCCCGCCGACGCCGAUGCCCCCCGUUGGGCGAGGACAGCAUCGGCCUCAAGCCCCUGAAGUCGGAGACGGAAGGCCACGAGGACGAGGCCAUGGAGGUUCCGGGCCUCGGAGACGUGCGGGAGGAAGUGGGGGGCCCGGGCUCCGAACGCCGGUUCUGGCCGCUCUGUGGUGGGGGGCGUGUGCCUCAGGCUGAGGUGCCAACUCCUCCUCGGGAACCAGAGAUGCCGGACGUGGAUUCCCAAGGCCCAGAUGGCGUCACCCCGCUGAUGUCUGCGGUGUGCUGCGGGGGAGCGGAGGCCGAGGGGCCGGGCCCCGGGCCCGGCGGGGCGGGGGGCCCGUGGGAGCCCCUGCUCUGCAGGGGGGCCAGCCCCCAGACCCACACGGUGGGAUCGGGGGAGACCCCCCUGCACCUGGCCGCCCGUUUCUCCCGCCCGUCCGCGGCCCGCCGCCUCCUGGAGGCCGGAGCCGACCCCAACCGGCCCGACCGAGCCGGCCGCACGCCCCUGCACGCGGCCGUGGCCGCCGACGCCCGCGAGGUCUGUCAGAUCCUGCUGCGGAACCGAGAGACGGCGGUGGACCCUCGGAUGGAGGAUGGGACCACGCCCCUCAUGCUGGCGGCCCGCCUGGCGGUGGAGGACCUGGUGGAGGAGCUCAUCCAGGCGCAGGCCGACGUGGGGGCCCGGGACAACAGGGGGAAGACAGCUCUACAUUGGGCCGCAGCGGUGAACAACUCCCUGGCAGCUCGAGCCCUCAUCCAGGCCGGAGCCGACAAAAACGCCCAAGACAGCAGGGACCAGACGCCGCUGUUCCUGGCGGCCCGCGAGGGGGCGCUGGAGGCGGCGAGGCUGCUGCUGGGGGCCGGGGCGGCCCGGGGCCUGCGCGACCAGACGGGGCUGGGGGCCCAAGACAUCGCGCGCCAGCGCCGGCACUGGGACCUGCUGGCCCUGCUCGACCCGCCCCGCCCACUGGAGCCGGGGGGCGGGGCCGGCCGCCGGCCGUCAGCGGGCAUGCGCGGGGCCCGCUCGGCCCCGCCCCCCUCGGGCGCCGGAGGGGCCCGGCGCGCGGCCGGCGGCCCAGAGUAA